GUCAGGCCUAGUACGCUUAAUCAUUUGAAUUUGUCAAUCUGUGAUCAAAGACGCUCAGUAUCUGACAAGUUAUCAAGAGGAAAACAUCACAUUGCCAGUAUGAGGACUAUAUAACUUUGGAUUGAAAAAAAUACUGAAAUAAGGUCAUGAAAACAAUGAUGUUUCUGCUUGUUCAUGCCAUCUUGUUUGGUAUGCUGUAUCAACAUGCUGAGGGUACAGGGCAUUUCUAUGGCGGGAGCAUGAGUUAUGUUAUGGAAAAACAGUCUGACGGAAACUAUUUGGUUAUAAUUGAGCUUAUUACUGGCUGGGUACUCGGUAAAGGUCCGUGUGGUCCAUCAUGCAGCAAAGCUGAUAUAGGCAGAUCUACUGAGUCUGCAAGAGCAACAAUAAUAUCAUCAGAUUCUCACUAUCUUGGUACCUUUGAACUAGAAUAUAGGAAGACCGAUAAAUUAACAAGCAAAACAGAAAUCAAUACAAGAGUUAAUUCUUUUUACAAUGAAACAGUCAUAGCUAUUAGUGAAACAGGAAAAUGGGAACAAGAAAUAAUGCACUUCAGCGUUAUAAUGGAGAGCGAUAAAAAAGAAAUAGACAUCAGUUUCGAAGGUAAUUUCUGGAGACACCUUACCUUACAGAAUAACGGUAUUGAUGCGAGGUGGCAUUUCCAAACAAAGAUCGUGGCACUUGGCCGGAGCGAUACACACACAACAAACCAUAGUCCAAAAUCACUUGCUAAACCGUUCUACAGGAUUAAACUUGGCAAACUUUCGGAAAUCAGGAUUCCAGCUGUCGAUGCUGAUGGCGAUUUCAUUAAAUGUGAGCUAGCCAAGCUUGUUGAGGGUGGUAAGAUUUCAUGGCAUCCACCCCCGAACGUAACCGUCAUUGAUAAUUGCACUGUAUACAUCAAUGCUACACAAGCCAAUGGGUAUACAGAUGAUUCUUGGAUCGCCGUUCCUGUCAGUGUUCGAGAUUACAAUAGAAAGAACAUAAAAUACGGCACUGGAAUUUUUAUAUCAGGAAAAUACUCCCUCAGCACAACAGCCGUUCAGUUUGUUGUACAGAUUUUAGCAAAUCUAACAACUCCAGUCUUUGUAGACCCGACCUUUGAAGGGAAUCAUGUUUUCAUCAUGUAUGCAGGCACGGAAUGGAGAAUCCAGAUUUAUGCACAGGCUACAGAAAAUACCACUAUAGCAGAUUUUAUAGCUUUUGGAAUCCAGGGAGAAAACUUCACUACAUCAAAAGCACAAGAUGAUUUAAAGCGACUGCAAGUAAAGUUUUCAACAAUGUCAUGGAAACCAUCCGCAGAUGAUAUCGGAAGACAUAUAGCAUGCGUUAGUGCUAUAGAUAAUACUGACGUUGAUUCUGAACAAAGAUGCUUUGUUUUAGAUGUUCAGCCUGAUGCAUUCAAUCAUUCAUCAACUGUUGCGGUGGAUAAACCUUAUUUUAUCGACAUUCCUUCGCCUAUUCAGUUUGUGGACUGCAAAAUCCACGCAACUUGUGUUGUGGCUUUAUAUGUAAAAUCUGGAACAAAUCUAUCCGAGAUCUUUGUCACUGACAGUUUCAUUGACAAGUUUGAUGUCAGUUUAGUACAAUACAUCACACACAAAGGUGAGCAGGUGUAUAAAGCUGACCUGUCCUUUGAACAUUCAAUGCAUGGAAAGAAAAAUAUCUGCUUCAAAGCAAAGGAUGUAAAUGGUGUUGAGAGCGAGAAAGCUUGUAUCACAAGUCAUAUAGAACCUCCAGAUCCAUGCAUAUCAGCACCAUGUAAAAAUUCAGCUUCCUGUGAAAGAGAUAAAGAAAGUGGUGGAUUUAAAUGUCUUUGUUUACCUCGAACAAUAGGGAAAACAUGCAGUGUUAAUAUAAACGAUUGCCCGGUUGAUGCCUGUGAUAGACAUGGAAGAUGUAUUGAUGGUGUCGGAACUUAUACAUGUGAAUGUUUUGAUCGUUUUAGCGGAAUCAAUUGUACUGUUGAUGAAUGCCCGGAACAGAGAGAUGGAAUAAUGAAUUGUCCAGCAAGUGGUUGUUCCAACAAUUCUUGUAAUGGACGAGGUGUAUGCUAUGAUGGAGGAAAAUGUUCUUGUCCCUACGGUUACUCUGGUCAAAAUUGCGAGACACCAAUUUGUGAUAUAUCUGGAAAUGUUAAUGGAAUUAUAUCUCCAUCUCCAAAAGACGGAAGCACCUUGACAUGUUAUGAACACCAAGGCAAACGAUUAUCGUGCAAAUUGCGUGUUUAUCUCGCAGCAAUAUCGGGUUCAUCCCCUGCAAUAAGUAUAGAAACAACAGAUGAACUAACAAAUAUCAUCACAGUGGACCCUGUCAGGAGGUCAACAGAUCUACCGGGUAUUUCCUCCGUUUUCUCUGCAGAUAUAUCAAUAGAUGGAAGAAUGAACAGUACUAAACCACAGUAUGUGUGUGUUAAGGAAAACAUUACAAUGUCUAAGGCAUGUUAUGGAAUAAGCAUUAUCCCUAAUCCUGAAACAGAUACUUCUACUCGAGCGUAUAGCGAGAAGAAUGCAACUGUAAAGUUCGAAUCACCAACUUUGAAAGAUCACAGUAGAAUUAUAUGUAGCGUUGGGGCGAGCUGUCAAGUUCUGUUGUACACAACAAUCGUUUCUAAACGGGCUUCCUGCGAGAUGAAAACAACAUUAGCUACUGGUGGAUCUGUUAGUGGAACAAUAUCGAGUAGCCAAUGUGAUGAAGAUGAUAAAGAUAACGAUGCUGACGAUACAGAUCUAACAGGAAGAGCGAAUUCCCCAUGCUGCGAAGAUGUUAUAUCUUCAACUGACGGAGUGACAGUUUAUAGUGCACAUGCACGUGGACAAUCAUGUGUUACAGAAGCUAUAGUUGUUUAUAACAGUCCUGGAGAAAAACAGUUGUGUUUUCAGUCCGGUAUUUCCAUAUACCAACACUUGUGUUACACAAUCGGUGUGUACGCUCAUACAACAGAACCGUGCUUCAGUUCGCCUUGCCAGAACAACGGACAAUGCUUACACGCCGGUCACGACAAUUUUACUUGUAUAUGUCCAGACAAGUAUAUAGGUGAUAAAUGCCAACAAGGACCCUGUCAAAAGGAGGACAAUAACUGCAAAAAUGAAGCAUAUUGUCAAACAGAUAGUGGCGUCGCUACAUGUAUAUGUAAGGCUGGGUUCUCAGGCCCAAACUGCAGCAUAGUUUCGGCACGAGUUUCAGCCGUGUCUUCUUCAUUUACUGACAUAGCUAGACCAAGGCGUAUUUCCUGUGUUUUGAACCAGAAGUGUAGUUUUGCUUUGAUUGUCAGCGAACGUUCAAACUAUGCACCCAAUGUAUCUGCAGGGUAUGUUGAUCCAUCGCUGUUGUUGGAAGAAAUCGAGAUUCUUGAUAGAUUACCAAUUCAAAAUAGUUAUCAAGCUAAUAUCAGAUUAAAAUCUACACAGUUGGGUUUGAAGGUUUUGUGUAUUCAGACGAAGGACAUUAAUGGAGUUAACAAAGACGAGCUGUGUACUGAGGUCGAUAUCGUUUCUGAUGUCAUCUCUAUAUACACGUCAAAGGAUCGACCUCAUUUUGUUGAUCCCAGUUUGCCCACGGAUGCCGAAGUAGAAUGUGUCGCGGGCGGACCGUGUCAUGUGCUCUAUCAUGUAACUCCUGGCACUGGAAAUGAAAACGAAUGUGUGACGUUUAAAGUAGAUCCAAUUUCCGGUUUUGUGAAUUAUUUUCUCUUCUCGUCGUGUGAUACAUGUAAACGUGGCGAUGCUACAAAUGGUAACUGUACAGUUGAUGUAUCUAUAGUUAACAAUAUUGCGGACAAAAACACUGCUCGGAGGAUCUGUUUAUCAGUCGGCCUUAAAGGAAGUUCAGACGAUGGUGAGAAACGUUGUUUUAGCAUACACGUAAAAGACCAAACGACUAUUGUAAAGAAAGGAUGUCAGACGCUCGAAUGCAAAAAUGGAGGCUUUUGUGAUGGCCAUGACAUAAACAAUCCCGUUUGCUUCUGUUCAAAAGGAUUUUCGGGGCCAGAAUGCAAAAAAGCUAAAGUAGAUAGCCCAAUGACGGGGCCACAGACACAGAGUUUCAUCGGAGAUUUUACAGUGCCGUCUGAGGUUAAGUGUGUAAUAAACGAGACAUGUAAUAUACCGUUCCAAGUAAUUUCAAAGAACGGACAUUCUCCAAGUGUAUCUCUGGGAUAUCAUGAUCCACGGCUGAAUGUCAUGACACCUUCCUUUAUACCUCUCACAAGUUCUUCUACCGUAUUUCAAGGAAAGGUUGUGUCUAUUCCAAGUAAGGCAGGAGAUUUCAGAUUCUGUCUGCAGGCCACUCUCAGCAGCAAAACUGAAGAUGAAGUAUGUGUCAAGGUUGAAGUGAUAAGUACAGCUGUUGACAAAACGGACAAGACCAAGCCCUACUUUCUUCCCCCUACACUAUCAACUGAAGCUACUGUGAUGUGUGAAAUCAAAAAGGCUUGUCACUUCGACAUGCAUUUUACAUCUGGAGAUAUGUUUGCUGGAUUUACUGGAGUAUGUCCAUCUCUGACUGAGAGGAGUCCAAGUCCUGUCCAAGGUGUACAUAUAUUUAAUGUAAAGAGAGAGAACAGUACGGUGUGCACUGGAGAUGUUACGUAUGUUCCACCACAAGCAGACGGUCCGCACCAACUUUGUCUACAAGUAUCGUUACCAGGGAAAAAGGGUGAACGUAGAUGUUACACUGUUAAAGUAGUCACUGACAUGAACAAGGAAGUGAUAUCACCAUGUCGUGGAAUCACUUGUCAUCACAACGGAAAAUGUAUGGCAGAUUUUAGGAAGGUGCUAGCAACUUACUCGUGUAUUUGUACAUCUGCUGGAUUCACAGGCAGAAAUUGUGAACAUGGAUUAGACAAGAACAAGACUUUGCCAGGUGUCAGGAAUUUGAAUGGCACGGUUAGUGGCAGUCAACAUUUUGAAAUAGACAGUGCUAUUCCAACCGACGUCAAAUGUGAAGAUUAUAGUGAAUGCUGUAUUAAUACACCGUAUAUUGGAAUGAAAAAUAAUCCUCCAUUGAUUGGUUUUAUGAGUUCCACUUUGAGUAUAUCCAACCAAAGUGUGCUAGGGACUGGAAGUACUGAUCUUACAAGACAUAUUUCACAGACAUGUGUUAAAGCACCGCUUGGUGGUCCCUAUAAAUUCUGCCAACAGACUACUACUAAUGGCACAAAUAAAGGGAUGAAUAUUGACGAGAUUUGCAUAAAUAUCACAGUACAACAUAAAAAUUCAAGUCAUAACACGCCUCCGCCACAUUUUAGCAGAAGUAUUCCUGAUGGGUCAACAGUUUUAUGUAAACCGAACACAAUAUGUCACAAUCAGAUUAUUACAGAGCAACAGCCUGGAGGUCAAUGUUCUCAGGUCAAAGAGUGUGGAGAAGGAGUGCCAGGUGUUCAUUUCUUCAAAACUACUCCAGUUGAUAAUUUGUGCAUGACGGAUUUAGCUAUCAAGACAGAAAAUCCAAACACGCUUGACUUGUGUACUUCUGCAGGAUCCGGUGGGCAACAAAAUCACAUGAAAGUAGAAGUAAAAAAUGAAUCUAGUUUUGGACCAUGUCAGAAACUACAUUGUUUAAAUGGUGGUAGUUGUUUAGCAAUUCAUAUAUCAGACGCUGUUUGUAAAUGUCAGCCCGGAUACACUGGCAAAGUCUGUGAGACAGAUAUAGAUGAGUGUUCAUCUCAUCCUUGCAAAAAUGGAGCAAGUUGUUUAGAUAAACUGAACGACUAUCAAUGUAAUUGUAUGCCUGGUUACACUGGAGCAGACUGUGAAACAGAUAUAAACGAGUGUACAUCUAAUCCCUGCAUCAAUGGAGCAACCUGUUUAAAUAAUGUAAACGCGUAUCUUUGCAACUGUUCCCCUGGUUAUAAUGGGACAAACUGUGAAACAGAUAUAGACGAGUGUAUAUCUAGCCCUUGUAAAAAUGGAGCAACUUGUGUAGAUAGAGUGAAUAGUUACCAAUGUCAGUGUAGCCCUGGUUACAUUGGAACAAACUGUGAUG